GCCUCUAGCUGCAGCUGAGCCAGAUUUGUGCGCACACAGAACUUUACGCAUCUGGUCGUCAUCAGCAGCAGCGGCCACUCUUCCUGCUCAUAUGUGGCUCAAACCGAGGAGGAAGAGAACGUCUUCUUCUUCUUCUUAUAUGAUUUCUUAAAAUUGAAACCAAAAAACGCGACAGGACGAACACGGGCCGGUCAUUUUCUUCUCUGACUCGUACUGCUGGAUGUAUUGGCUGUAAAAAGAUUUAGUGGGGAAAGCAGGAACAAGUUCGUUUGAGAACUCCGUUGCUGAUUUGGAUGUGAACAGAUCCACCCUCUGCUCGGAAGUCCCGAGUUUUUAUCUGGCGGUGUUUUUCUAGAGGCGCUGCUAGUGCUUUCUGCAUGCACGGAUCUACUUGGCUCACUUGCGCUUCUCUUUCUUAUUACCGCUCUCUUUUUUUCCGCUGGUUCCCACUUGCGUCAUGACUUCUAGCUAUGCACAUGUAAUGGACAGGCAAGCUACGAUACCAAACCGCCUGGAGAGCCCGAUCACGUCUAACCUGGACAACUUGCAAGCCAAAAAGAACUUCUCAGUCAGCCAUCUGUUGGAUCUGGAAGAGGCCGGGGAAAUGGUCGGUACCCAGGCAGACGAGAGCGUCGGGGAGACGGGGAGGAAUAUGCUGGAAUCCCCGGGGCUGACUAGCGGGAGCGACACGACCCAGCAGGAAAAUGAACAGAUGAACACAGAGGAAAAGAAGAAGAGGAAGCAGCGCAGGAACAGGACCACCUUCAACAGCAGCCAGCUCCAAGCUCUGGAGAGAGUGUUUGAGAGGACACACUACCCCGAUGCUUUCGUCAGAGAAGACCUGGCUCGCAGGGUCAACCUCACCGAGGCUAGAGUGCAGGUGUGGUUUCAGAACAGGAGAGCUAAGUUCCGCAGGAACGAGAGAGCUAUGCUGGCCAGCAAAAAUGCCUCGCUCCUUAAAUCAUACUCAGGAGAUGUGACAGCAGUGGAGCAGCCAAUUGUGCCUCGCCCUGCACCCCGCCCCAAUGACUACCUAUCUUGGGGGAGUGCUGCACCCUACAGGAGAAACGACUGGCAAGCAUGUAUGCCUAAAAUAGUGCCAUGGCUACCUACCCACCCACCUGCUCCAACACCAAUACAUCCCAGGGAAUGAACAUGGCCAACAGCAUUGCCAAUCUGCGGCUCAAAGCCAAGGAGUACAGCUUGAACCAGGUGCCCACAGUCAACUGAAACACUGAGAGGCUAGGGGAUCCCAGAGGAAGGGAAGGAGCCCUCUCUCCUACAAGACCCCCCAGAGAAGGACAUUGUCUCUGGGAUGAACAUUAUUCCACAUACUCUGGAUCAAGAAGUAUUCUCUCCUUUCUGGAGCAGCCACGAUGGUAUACUACUAUCAAUGUACCAAUGUGCAAAACUUCAAAACCGUGUGAUGGCAGGAUUUUCCCCAAGCCAAGUUUUCUUUUUCUCCUCAGCAUCACUGAAUUCUUGUUCACACAAAAAGACAUCUAGAGUGGAUGCUGUAGCCAAAUAUCUGCACAGUUUUGCAUUUGUGAUUGUGACUUAAAUGGAGGGUUAGUUCCAGUCAGAGAACUUGCUUAAAUGGAGACUCAUAUGGACUACACGGAAUCCCACUUUUUCUAUGGUGUUGGAUAAAAUUACACACCAUAAUUGGGAUCAUCUACUUUCUUUCUUUUUAUGUCUUCAACAAAAUGACAAUGACUUCCUCUGACAUUUAUACAAUUUAAUUUUUUUUCACAUUUCUUUCCAUUUUAUACCACUGACAAACAAACAUUUUCAACACAUUUUGAAUUUCAUGUAAUAGUCCAAUAUAAAGGAGAGGCUAAUGUAUUUCUGAAUCCAAAAUCAGUAGAUAAUUUCAUAUGAUAUCCUUUAUUUGUAACAGAAUAAAAACUUGUAUAUGAAUAAACAUGCGUUUCAAGCAAUAAAAUUGCAGUUUCAACACGUAUCAGAAAG